AUGAUUUCUGGAAUCGCCCAUAUCAAUCUCUCAAUCCCUCGGGAUACAUUAGAACAAGCCGAGGAGUUCUACGGGACCACCCUCGGACUCACUCCGUCGCCGGUACCGGAAUUCCAGAAAGGCACAAUCCUGUGGUUCGAUAUUGGCUCCAGUGGACAGCAAGUGCAUAUUAGCUUCGGCUCGACCGAUCCCCUCUCUAGCCGACACCCAUGCUUCAAGUUGUCUUCCCGCGAGGAACUAGAGGAACUUAAAACAAACAUCUAUGAUCACCAUGUACGCGGUGGUGCUGCAGCUCCACUGGCUGCCGAUAAGCCCGGCGAGGUAAACUCUGGUGAGUGA